AUGGCUGCUGUUCGCGAGUUCAAUUUGACAUUCGAAACUCACCCCCCAGCCGCCGUCCGGCCCGGCUUUCCCUUUACCAUCCCCGUCGUGAUUGCUGUACGACCCAUUGGCACACCCUCCCGCAAUGUGCAGCAUCUGGUCGUCAAUGCCAGCCUGCGCGACGAGAUUGGCACCAACCCGGCCACUGGCCUCAGUGGUAAUCUGACCGCAAGCGUGCGUAGUCGUACCGACACCGCCAUGAGUGGCUACGCCAAGUUCAGCCCGCUCAUGAUCUCGCAACCGGGACGAUACCGGCUGCGAGUGAUGCUCAGUGCGGCCUCCUACAACGGCGUCGUGACGAAGGAAUAUGUCGAUUCGGGGGUCAUUCAUGUCCACGCCGCGGCCGCGGCGGCCCAACGGCCGAUGGCGACGUUGCAGCGUCUGACGGCUGAAAACCUCGAUAUCUCGGCGGCGGAGAUCGCGGUCUGGCAAAGUGCGUGA